UUACAAAACUCUCCGUUCUAAGAAACGUCCGUGUCGCGGGAAGGAGACCCAAGCGCGCCCAGCUUCCAGGCGCUAAGGAACUCCGGGGCGUUCAUCAUGGUGGCCGAUCCGCCUCGGGGAGACCCCAAGGGGUUCGCAGCGGCUGAGCCCACCGCGAACGGUGCCCCGACGCUGGUCCCUAUAGAGGACCCCGGCGCGACCGGAGGCGGAUGCGGCGGUUCCCGGGACCGGGUGCGCCGCUGCCUUCGCGCCAACCUGCUGGUGCUGCUGACCGUGGUGGCCGUGGUGGCAGGCGUGGCGCUGGGUCUGGGGGUCUCGGGGGCCGGCGGCGCGCUAGCUCUGGGCCCCGCGCGCCUGGCGGCCUUCGCCUUCCCCGGUGAGCUGCUGCUGCGCCUGCUGAAGAUGAUCAUCUUGCCGCUGGUGGUGUGCAGCCUGAUCGGCGGCGCCGCCAGCCUGGACUCGAGCGCGCUCGGCCGCCUGGGCGCCUGGGCGCUGCUCUUUUUCCUGGUCACCACGCUGCUGGCGUCUGCGCUCGGCGUGGGCUUGGCGCUGGCCCUGCAGCCGGGCGCCGCCUUCGCCGCCAUCAACGCCUCGGUCGGGACCUCGGGCGCCGCGGGAGAGGCCCGCAGCAAAGAAGUCCUCGAUUCGUUCCUGGAUCUUGUGAGAAAUAUCUUCCCCUCCAACCUGGUGUCCGCGGCCUUCCGCUCAUACAGUACCUCCUAUGAAAACAGAUGGAUCAAUGGAACCAAGGUGAAGGUGCCCAUUGGCGACGAGGUGGAGAGUAUGAACAUCCUGGGCCUGGUGGUAUUUGCCAUUGUCUUUGGUGUGGCCCUGCGGAAGCUGGGGCCCGAGGGAGAGCUGCUCAUCCGCUUCUUCAACUCCUUUAAUGAUGCCACCAUGGUGCUGGUCUCCUGGAUCAUGUGGUAUGCCCCUGUGGGCAUCUUGUUCCUGGUGGCUGGCAAGAUCGUGGAGAUGGAGGACGUGGGGAUGCUCUUCGCCAGUCUCGGCAAAUACAUCCUGUGUUGUCUGCUGGGCCACGCCAUCCACGGGCUCCUGGUGCUGCCUCUCAUCUACUUCCUCUUCACCCGCAAAAACCCCUACCGCUUCUUGUGGGGCAUCAUGACAGCGCUGGCCACUGCCUUCGGGACCUCUUCUAGCUCCGCUACGCUGCCCCUAAUGAUGAAGUGCGUGGAGGAGAGGAAUGGCGUCGCCAAGCACAUCAGCCGCUUCAUCCUACCCAUCGGUGCCACGGUCAACAUGGAUGGUGCGGCGCUCUUCCAGUGUGUGGCCGCGGUGUUCAUUGCACAGCUCAACCAGCGAUCCCUGGACUUUGUGAAGAUCAUCACCAUCCUGGUCACCGCCACGGCGUCCAGUGUGGGUGCCGCGGGCAUUCCCGCCGGAGGCGUCCUCACUCUGGCCAUCAUCCUGGAGGCAGUCAACCUGCCGGUUCAGGACAUCUCCUUGAUCCUGGCUGUGGACUGGCUGGUGGACCGGUCCUGUACCGUCCUCAACGUGGAAGGUGAUGCCUUUGGGGCAGGACUCCUCCAAAAUUACGUGGAUCGCUCAGAGGUGCAGAGCUCGGUGCCAGAGUUGAUCCAAGUGAAGAGCGAGAUGCCUCUGUCUCCCUUGCCUGUCCCCACCGAGGAGGGGAACCCCCUCCUCAAACGCUGUCCGGGACCUGCUGGGGAUGCGGACCCCUGUGAGAAGGAAUCAGUUAUGUAAACCCCAUGGGGACAUUGCCUGCCCUGAUGGGGCUACUAUGGACAUUGGGAUCAUGAACUGGGGCCCUGGAGGCCCUGCCUGCAUACUCGGGGGCCCCAGGGGCCUCAGCUGCUGCCCGCCCCCCCCCGCCCCCGCCACUGCCACGACAUCAGAUCUGGGAGGCCUCAAUGCUGGGGUAGAUGUGUAUGUGUGUGUCUCUCCCCAAAUCUUCCCCAGUCCUCAAUUCCUGUUCCCACCCAAAGCUAGGAAACAAGAUGGAAAAAUAGUGUAAAUGU